GCAGGGCGGCGGCAAGCAUGGCUACGGCGGCGGCCGUGGCGGUGGCCCGUGGGGCCGGGGCGAGGGUGGCGGCGGCCCUGUGGGGCGGCUGCGGGAGUGCGGCCCGGGGGCGGCCGCGCGCGGGCCCCGCACGGCCCUUGUGCACAGCACCUGGGACGGCCCCGGACAUGAAAGGCUACUUGUGGGAGCGCUACCGGGAGGCGAAGAGGAGCGCGGACGACUUGGUUCCUUCAAUUAUGAGCAACUUGUUGAAUCCAGAUGCCAUUUUCUCGAACAAUGAGAUGAGCCUGUCGGAUAUUGAAAUCUAUGGCUUCGAUUAUGAUUAUACCUUGGUGUUUUAUUCCAAGCACCUGCACACACUGAUAUUUAAUGCUGCUCGGGACCUUCUCAUCAAUGAACACCGGUAUCCGGUGGAAAUCAGGAAGUAUGAGUAUGACCCAAAUUUUGCAAUUCGUGGACUUCAUUAUGAUGUGCAGCGGGCAGUGUUGAUGAAGAUUGAUGCUUUCCAUUACAUCCAGUUGGGAACCGUCUACAGAGGCCUCAGUGUUGUCCCCGAUGAAGAAGUCAUUGAAAUGUACGAGGGGUCCCACGUGCCUCUGGAACAGAUGAGCGACUUUUAUGGAAAGAGUUCUCAUGGAAACACCAUGAAGCAGUUCAUGGACAUCUUCUCCCUGCCAGAGAUGUCCCUCCUGUCCUGUGUGAACGAAUACUUCCUCAAGAACAACAUUGACUAUGAGCCUGUGCAUCUGUACAAAGACGUAAAGGAUUCAAUUCGAGACGUGCACAUCAAAGGAAUCAUGUACAGCGCGAUCGAAGCAGAUAUUGAGAAGUACAUCUGCUACGCCGAGCAGACCCGCGCGGUGCUGGCCAAGCUGGCCGACCACGGCAAGAAGAUGUUUCUCAUCACCAACAGCCCCAGUAGUUUCGUGGACAAAGGGAUGAGGUAUAUUGUUGGAAAAGACUGGAGGGACCUGUUUGAUGUGGUCAUCGUUCAGGCCGAGAAGCCAAGCUUCUUUAAUGAUAAGCGGAGACCUUUCCGCAAGGUGAACGAGAAAGGUGUCUUACUCUGGGACAAGAUCCACAAGUUGCAGAAAGGCCAGAUUUAUAAGCAGGGCAAUCUAUAUGAAUUUUUGAAGCUUACUGGAUGGAGAGGAUCCAAAGUGUUGUAUUUUGGUGACCACAUAUACAGUGACCUGGCGGAUUUGACCCUGAAGCACGGCUGGCGAACUGGUGCGAUUAUCCCGGAGCUGAGGUCCGAGCUCAGGAUCAUGAACACGGAGCAGUACAUUCAAACCAUGACCUGGCUGCAGACCCUGACCGGGUUAUUGGAGCAGAUGCAGGUUCACAGAGACCCUGAGUCACAGCUGGUUUUGCAGGAGUGGAAAAAGGAAAGAAAGGAAAUGAGAGAAAUGACCAAAAAUUUCUUCAACACCCAGUUUGGAAGCUUGUUCCGCACAGACCAGAACCCGACCUACUUCCUGAGGCGCCUGUCACGCUUUGCCGACAUCUACAUGGCGUCUCUGAGCUGCCUGCUGAACUAUGACGUCAGCCACACGUUCUACCCGCGGAGGACUCCGCUGCAGCACGAACUUCCCGCCUGGUCGGACGGGGCCCCCACCUUCAGACUCCCCCUCCUGCAGGAGGCCCAUGCCAAGUAACCGGGGGCCCAACUGCAGAAAGAGCCAGAAGCAGGGACAGCCCCCAACUGGCUGGACGUGAUGGGGUUGACUUGUGUGCAGACGAGCGUUGCUUUUGGAAAAGAUACAAAUAUGCCUUUUGAUAUUUAUUACCUUAUGGAGACUCCUUCCACGUUGUUAAGACUGAAGCGAGCCGCCCACCAGUUCCGUCUUCACGUUUCUUGUUGGGCCGAGUGGGAAGCUUCAGACUGAAACCCGGCCAUGAGCCUUUUUGUUUACCAAGGUCUUGGAUCGGGUGUCCGUGUUUCCGGGCUAGGUGAGACCCCUUGAUGCCAUCUCUCAAUUCUAGCUGCUGUAGUGUUGAAACUGUUCUCGACUCUUCCGUGGAAAACGGGCUGACCAUUCCCGGACAGUGCUCUGGGGACCGCAGGGCACAGCACCGUGCGACAGUCAGCAGCUCGCGGAAAGCGGACGGAGGAGUCCACACGCUCCAUAAUAGCCUCGCAUGGCAGUAAGCAGCAGAGGUGGCCCCCACGUGGCCUCCAGCGCCCACGGUGCAGGGUACCAGGGGUUAGGCUUCCUGGAGCGGCCGCCCUCAAAGGGAGACUCUGCCUCCUUGCCAAAAAAGUCUUCUGUAACAGAACAAGAGAAGUUGCAA